AUGUUUGGUGUUGCUCCGGCGGCAAACAACUACGACUUUACUCGCCCGCUUGACAAGGUUGUGCUGGAUGAUGUGGCUGCCUACGAGGCUGCAGUGGCGAGCGAGGACAAGGCCAUCCUGGAGGAGAUCGAAGCCAAGCGCGAGGCAGUGCGGGCAAGAGUAAGCAGUUGGGAGGAGCUCGAGAUCGAGGCCAAGAAGGCCCGCCCACAGGAUGUACCUGUUCGUCACUCAGUCCUUGUCUUUGACAGCAAGAUGUACCAGGCACCGUCGCACGAGGCUUGCCUCGCCGCGGCCGAGGAGCUCGGCGGGCGCGAGCACACGGCUGGAACAGCGGUGGACAUGUCGAUUAUUCCGGCUGGCAACGCGUGGGACUACUACGACUCUGUGACGUACCCGAUGUACCUCACCUUUUCGCGGCUUCUCAUGUGGGGACUCCUCGACGACCGGUUUGCCACCGGCGAGUGGGGUGCCGACAAGCAGGCCGAGCUGCUCAAGGCGGUCCAAUACGACGGCGACGUGGUCCUUCCCACGGCAGCCGACCACCACCGUGCCAUGGAGGCCAUCCUGCACAUUCGGCCGGCUAUGAUCCUCAGGCACAGCCGCGAUCCGUCGGCCCACCUCUCGUGGCUCUACUGGGGCCAGUUCAAGUCGGGCAUGACGCAGCUGGUGUGGGACGGGCUCGGGCCGUGGGGCAUUGCGCUCUCGGAAAACCCGCUGGACGCAUCACGGAUGGCAACGGUCUGCUUGCGGCAUGCUGUUCUCGCGCAGUCGAACCCGUACUCGUAUUAUGCGCGGCCGAAGCUCUUCAUGCACCAAACCGAGGAGCAGAUGCUGACCGACACGGCGCACACACUCCGGGCGCUGCGGCGGCUGGUGCUGACGCGGUCGUUUGGCGCACGCGCCGACGAGAUCCUGCCUAUGGCGCCGACGGUGACGGUCCUCUCGCGGCAGGGCGUGCGGAACAAGCGCAUUGCGCCGUUCAACGAGUUUAUCGAUGCCGUCCGCGCCGUCGCCCUCCACCACCACCACAACUUUAACGUUGUGGAGAUCGGGAACAACAAUCUGCAAGGCCAGAUGCUUCCGUUCUUCACCUCGCGGGUGGUCAUCAUGGUCACCGGCGCUGCCAUGUCCAACACGCUCUUCCUCCGGCGCGACUCAUCGCUCAUCUUGCUCUGGAAGUGGGGCCCGUUCUCCAUUGACGAGAGCAAGGUCUCGCUCAACGGCGCGGCCGACGACCCGUGGUUCACCAAGUUCCACUACGAGCAGGACGAGACUUGGCGACCCAACGAGGUGUACAACAUCUCCCACUGCCUCGCCGAGCACGCCGCCGACAAGAUCGUCGACGUCACAUGCAUCCGCAACGUCUUCCCGCCCAUUGAGCUUGUCACCCAGGCCCUCAACACCUUUCUACCUCUACCUAUGGAGGGCUCUGCCAAGCUCGGCGUCGGCUACAUUGGCGAGGAGGAUGAGGGGUGA